AUGCAGCCUCCAGAUCGCUAUCGCGCCGCUACUCUGAUCCAAGCUGCUUUUCGUGGAUAUCGAACACGCAAAAGAAAUGCUAAUUUGGACUUAGAGUUCGCUGCGCUUGUUGCCGAGAUUGAGCCCGAGAAGCUGUUGCGAUUUUGGGAUGUCGAAGCGCUGAGCAGACGAAACUAUCAACAGAUUGCCUCGAAAGGAGAAACAGUUCAGACUUACUCUCGAACGAAGAAUGAAGAAAAUCAAGCUGUCUCGUCGAAUAUCGAAUUAAUCGCGACUGAGGAGGAAAAAGAACUGCCCAACAACCAAGAGUCACGAGAUGUACAAUCAUACUCUUAUAUUAACUCUUAUAUAAUGGAUUUUCAGCAGGAGGAUCACGGAAAUCUUUGUGUUACGAAAGAGCAGCUUGAUUCAAAACGACUGGAACUUCUUAACGACCUCUGGUGGCUUCAGCAUUCAAUCAUUUCUCGCCGACAAAAUCUGUCCCAGCGAACAAACAAAACCAAUGAACCUCAAAACUAA